UGAAAUUUGCAAUUAUCGAUAAAAAUGUAAAUAAAAUAUUAAAAUAUUAUCAUAGACCUAUAGGUCUAUGAAUAUUUUAAUAGGUAUUCUCACCUAUAUUGGCUAGGUAUAAUGUAUAUUAAUUUAUGUUUACUGUUGUACGUUUUGAGGUGAUUUAGUAUUUACUGAUUUUAUUUUUUCUACACUUCCAAGUCUUAGUUUAUUCCUUCCUUCCGAGUUAACAGAUGCAUUAGUAUAAGAACGCCAUACGUGUACGUGCAUAAAAUUACCUACGAUGGAAGAAGACAGAGACAAGUCGCCGGAAGACAGUAUCCCUUUAGCAGACGAUGACCCUCAAGCCAUUAUCCAUGAUGAUCAGGACAUAUCUCAAUGUUCCGAUGUCAUUGUGCGCAAUCAAAGUAUGGAUUCAUUACAGUCGUCGUUUACAAAUGGUAGUAAUAGUCCAAGCAGAAACAGUUUAGAUCGUGAUAUGAGUCCUGAUGAAUUAGAAGAAAAAGCCAGACUUAUUACACAAGUUUUAGAACUACAAAACACAUUAGAUGAUUUAUCUCAACGUGUAGAUAGUGUAAAAGAAGAAAAUUUGAAACUACGAUCUGAAAAUCAAGUUCUUGGCCAAUAUAUUGAAAAUCUUAUGUCUGCAUCUAGUGUAUUUCAGACUACUUCUCCAAGAGUGAAAAAGAAAUGAAAAAUAGAUUAUAUUAUUUUUAUUUGCUGCCAUAAACAAUGCAAAUUAAUUUAACUUAAAUGAAUACAAUACGCACAGCUUUAUCAUCUAUUUUAACCUCAAUUCAACAUACAUACAACUACAAUUCAACUACAUACAACAAAAAGUUAUUAAUUUAGUCUCACUAUUUAAUGUAUAAAAUCUAAGUAAAUUUUUUGUUUUUUUAAUACAGUUAUACUAGACUAUUUGUUAAAACUAAUAAUUUAUUGAAAAAGUUCAUUUUUUAUCUUAUUUCUACAAUAUCUAAUCUACUUUGUGAGAAUAAUUUACAACAAAAGAAAAUUGUAUAAAGUGUUUCUAUUUUAUUUAUGUUAAACAUAUUGUUUUAUUUUGAAUUAUUUUUAGUUUAUAACACAUUCCAUUCAUAUUAUAUAUUAAUAUAUUAUUCAGUAUAUUGUUAUGAAAAUUAUAAUUUAAUUUUUUUUUAAUUUCUUAUUAUUAAAUAUGUACAAAUAGCGUAAGCUAUUAAAAAUAAAGUAUGUAUCUCAUUAUCAGUAUUUAACUAAUUUAAUUAAAAUGUAGGUAUUUACUCAAAAUUUUAGAUUAUUGCUUUAGUUUUUUAUUUUAACUUAUUAUAAUUGUUAUUAUUUGAAAUUAUAGAGUUUUGAUUUCAAUUUAAACAUCUUUUAUUUAAUAUUGUCUUAUUUGUCCAUGAUAUACUGAUGACUAUAAUACUCUAUUCAAAAAGACAACUAUCUGUUUUUACUUUGGCACAUCAAGAACCACACGAUAAUGCUGACACCAGUUAAAUGGUGGUGUACUGGAUGAAAAUUGCUAGUUGUUGCUAACUGUUAACUCUCUUUUAAAACUAAUACAAAUACAAAACAAAAUAAUGCAAUGCAUAUUUUUCUAUUUAAA